CGUUCCAUGCAAGGAGGAAUUCUGAGACUGAGGGUGCUUAUCGUUUACAAUUUAUUCGCAUUAACUCUGGCUUGAAUACGUAUUCAAACUAUGACGCUAGUUAGCUCAAGUAACCUAACAGUUGUUCUCUUUGCUGCAGGCGAAGGACAUAGAAUGAGGAAUUUAACAAAAUUUUUACCAAAAGCCAUGCUCCCUGUAGCUGGAAGGCCUUUGCUUUCGUAUUCUUUGUUAUCUCUAGUACAAGCGGGAUUUCAAGACCUUAUCGUUAUAAUUCAAGAGGAAGAUAUUCAGCUAGCUUCCUACCUCCAAGCUUAUGAAACCAGAGUAAAUCUAACUGUUGUUACCAUUGAAAGAGAAAUCUCAACAAUAGGAGCUUUGCUUAGAGUUUCAAACCUUAUAACGGGCGAUUUUAUUAUAAUGAGCUCUGAUCUAAUAAGCGAUUGCAAUUUUUCAAAGAUUAUUGAUUUGCAUAUGAUUAGCAAUUCCAGUCUUACUAUACUAUUAUCGGAUCUUUCUCGAGAAGAACAAGAACUGCCUUACGAGAGAAGGGAUAAAGCUGCAAGUGAGAUUGUGGUUUAUGACGAAGACACCAAUCGACUUUUGGCUCUUAUAAACGCUGCUGACAUGAACAAUAAAUUUCGUUUGUCGAGAACUAUAUUGCGAAAAUAUCCGAGACUUCGCUAUACCACAUGCUGGCAAGACUGCUACCUCUACGUCUGCAAGCACUGGAUACUCUCUUUUUUAAAGGACUGGAACGCUAUGGAAAGUGUGAAGUGGGAACUCCUUCCCCUGCUGGUUCGGAAACAGUUCAAGCGCUCCCGCUACACAGCCGACAGCACACCAGGCAAUGUAUUUGACUAUAUUAAAGCUACCCGAAGCAGCACGGAGCUGACCGAAGGCGAUCCUCUUCGCUGUUUCCUAUACUUUUCGAGAGUUUAUUCUCGCCGCGUGAACACUAUUUGUCGUUAUUUUGAUGCCAACUUCCAUAUUAAGGAAACCAAAUUUUCUUGUGAAAUUGAACGAUUCGGUAGCUCCAGUGAUAUAAGCAAGCGAACACAAGUUAAAAGCGAUGUCAUCAUUGGCGAAGGCUGUAAAGUUGGGGACCGCUGUUCUAUACGGAACACUGUUAUAGGAAAUCACUGCACAGUAGCCAAUAACGUUAAGAUCAUGAACUCGGUUCUCAUGGACCACGUGACCGUUGAAGCCCACUGUGUAAUUCAAAACUCCAUUAUUUGCCACGACUCUUAUGUAAACUCGAAUUGUAAACUUUUAAACUGCCUUGUGGAGGCUUCCUGUACUGUUGAAAAAAACACACUAAUUAAAGAUGAGUCUAUAGUAAAGAAGACUUUUGCUUGUGAAGCUGAGGAUGAAUGGCCCUCUUUUGUAUAG